GAGGGUAGGGGUGGGGGGCCUGGGCGGUGGAAACUGGUGGUCCCCCGGGCGCCGCCUGGGACUUGGGCGAAAAACCCCGCCACCUUUGGCCCCGGCCAUGCUCACGCCAAGAUAGACCGCGCUCUCCACCACCUCGAUCGGGGCCGCCCUCGCAGGGGAAUGUAGGGCUCGUUGCCGGGCUGACCCGCCUCUUCCCCCUCCUCCCCCCGGUGUGAGGGUCCAGUGCAGGGUGUUAGGGUCCCGGGAGUUCCCUCAGGUCUCGCCACCGCCGGAUUAACUUAACAACACCGUGUCCCCUUUCCCUCUGCCAUCAUGAUUGUCCUUGGCAGCAGCGCUGGCAGCCGCCUGUGGGUGAAAACGUGGGUGAUGGGGAAGUCGGCCGUGACUCCGCUGUUUUUUCUCCUGGCUCCUUUGGGCAACAGCUGUCCGCCGCCGGUAUACACUGUAGUUGAUUGCAGGGAAACCCUGGACCUCGCCCCUUCCUUCUCGACCGAUUUUGCACUUCUCUCUUUGCUCACCGCCCAGUGUAAUCAAUAACAGGCACUGACAAUACAUAGCAAUAGUGAAAUCUGAAAUAACUACGAGUUAAUUAGGUACUACAGCCAUGGUGCUGGCUGGGUAAAAUCCAAUUGGCCAUUUCAGUUUCAUUCCCUAUCCUUUUUUGCGGUUUUGUUUUUGUUUUGUAUUUGGGAAGCAAGGAUUACAUUUCCCCCUCCCCCCUCCCCGGUCGUUCCUUUUAUUCCCUUUACUUCAAACGGGAGGGCGGAAUACGGAUGGAUGUUAAGGAUUGGACUGGUGUCAGCUGUGUUUUAUUACACACCUAAAUCCUGAUAAUAGGCUUUGCCUCCUGUCCGGGCGCCUUCCUCCCUCCCCAACCUAUUUUUUUUUUUUUGGCACUUGAGCCACAUGUAUUUUCCAGAAAGUUAGUUCACGUUUUCUCUCCUUCCUUUCCUCCCCCUCCCUCCCUCUUCCUUCCCCCACCUGAUUCCAAACAUGACUGGGCAGCAGGUUUUGUUUGUUGGCCGUCUGCUCUUGUUGCCAGAAGGUGCAGUUCUGGGGUUACAGUUGUGAUUUUAGCUACUAUAUUAGCAGGAAAAAAAAAUGACUUGUUUCUGUUGUACUUGAGUCUUAAGAAAAGUGCCCAUAGUUUAGUGACAAUUUCCAAAGGCUUUAGUACCACCUGUAUUUCAAAAUGGGGGACCCAAACUCCCGGAAGAAACAAGCUCUGAACAGACUACGUGCUCAGCUUAGAAAGAAAAAAGAAUCUCUAGCUGACCAGUUUGACUUCAAGAUGUAUGUUGCCUUUGUAUUCAAGGAGAAGAAGAAAAAAGCAGCACUUUUUGAAGUGUCUGAAGUUAUACCAGUCAUGACAAAUAAUUAUGAAGAAAAUAUCCUGAAAGGUGCGCGAGAUUCCAGUUAUUCCUUGGAAAGUUCCAUUGAGCUUUUACAGAAGGAUGUGGUACAGCUCCAUGCUCCUCGAUACCAGUCUAUGAGAAGGGAUGUAAUUGGCUGUACUCAGGAGAUGGAUUUCAUUCUUUGGCCUCGGAAUGACAUUGAGAAAAUUGUCUGUCUCCUGUUCUCUAGGUGGAAGGAAUCUGAUGAGCCUUUUCGGCCUGUUCAGGCCAAAUUUGAGUUUCAUCACGGUGACUAUGAAAAACAGUUUCUGCAUGUACUGAGCCGCAAGGACAAGACUGGAAUUGUUGUCAACAAUCCUAACCAGUCAGUGUUUCUCUUCAUUGACAGACAGCACUUACAGACUCCAAAAAACAAAGCUACAAUCUUCAAGUUAUGCAGCAUCUGCCUCUACUUGCCACAGGAACAGCUCACCCACUGGGCAGUGGGCACCAUAGAGGAUCACCUUCGUCCUUACAUGCCAGAAUAGAGACUGAUCAGCAAAAUGGAGAAGAUCAGAGAAUGCAGCAGCAGUUUUUCUUUUCUUGUUUUCUUACCACUUUAUUCUUUCAGCGUUUAAGGAAAAUGGACUCAUGCACAGAACACUAUGCAUUCAUCCUGGAUUUUUUUUUUUUUUUAGUCAUUUGAAUCUCAGAACUUAAAACAAAUUAGAUGUCUUCUGCACAGACUGUGUGAAAGAAGAUGCUUUGCAUAUUUGCUGCACUGCAUCAGCAUCUUACUAAAAAUGUGAAAUGAAAGGACUACUGUACACUGAAAUGCUUAAAUGUGUCUGAAAGCACAAGGUGAUAACUCACUUUUGAUGGUCUUCCCAUUUGUCCUGGGUUUUGCCUCUGACAUCUGUCAUCAGUAUUUAGAGGGUGAAAAGUGAAUGUAACAGGUAUAAAUAAUAUUUCAAAAAGCUUGAUAGCUUUGAUAUAAUCACUGUUCCAGAGCACCAUCAGAUUCAUUCUAAUGACCAGAAGUGGUUGUUUAAAAAGAAUACAACCAUGGGAAAGAAAUCUUAAGUGAAAAAAAACAUCUCAUUGUAGGCAUUCUUGCCUCAUCUUACUGGGCCGUAUUUGUUUCCUGGUACUCAUGUAUUUUUUUUCCCAGAUCUCUUUCCCCAAGUUGCUGUUACAGAUUUUUCUGCUGAGUGUGGCUGCAGUUGUACACCUUAAAGCAGAUCUGGAGUCUGAAGUAGCUAAUGCAGCUAUAAAACUGAGAAAUACAAAGCUGCAAAAACCAUGGUAGGUAGAGGACUUUGCUUUUUGGUUUUAAAGAGAAGAGAUUUUAAUGACAAAAUUCCAGUGAUUGUGCAGAAAUACUGGUUUCUACACCUUUCUAAAGAAAAACUACCAGAGUUUUUGGAGUAGAAAAAGUUAUAAAAGUUGAGAUCUUAAAUUGUAAAAACAAAACAAAAAACAUGAGUGUCAAAGUUCUAAAAGCAGAACUCAUUUUGUGCAAUGAACAUAAGGAAAGACUACUGUAUAGUUUUUUUUUUUUCCUUUUAAAUGAAGAAAAGCUUUGCUUAAGGGUUGCAUACUUUUAUUGGAGUAAAUCUGAAUGAUCCUACUCCUUUGGAGUAAACUAAUGCUUACCAGUUUCCAAUUGUAUUUAGCUUCUGGUUGGAAUUUGAAAAAAUGAAAACCUAAAUAAAAUAGGUGGAAGUUCCCUGACUAUUCAGGUGAAUACACAAA